AUGUAUGACAGAAAUGUUCUCGGACUCAAAGUGCGAUCUAUUGACAAGAACGUUACUUUAGACCUUCCAUCUACUCUCGAAUGCGAGGAUAUACCUAACGAUUUAUCUGAAAUCCCAACACCGGAGAUUGCAGAAUCCUAUCAUCAUCUUAGUGGUAUCACAUCUAAGAUUCCUGAGUUUGAUCCAGACUCAAAAGUUCACUUACUGAUUGGCAGAGAUCUACUGGAAGCCCAUCAUGUUGAAGAGCAAAUCCUUGGACCCCGAGGAGCACCGUUUGCACAGAAACUAAUACUUGGUUGGGCAAUUAUUGGCGAAGUCUGUCUUGGGAGGAUUCAUCAGAGAACGUCCCUUAACGUGAAGAAAGUCUCAGUUUUGAAUGACGGUAGAGUGACAUGCAAUGAACCUUGUCCGAAUCAUUUGCAUAUCAAAGAACAGAUUUCAACUUCUAACAGUUUAGUUUGUGCUCGUGACUUUCAGGGUGAUAAUGUAUUCACAAAGACGCCUGACGAUGACCAAGUUGGUUUAUCAGUUGAGGAUCGUUUGUUCCUAAAGCUUAUGGACAAAACUUUCAAGAAGGACGAGGAAGGUUAUUGGACAGCCCCUCUGCCCUUUAGACAACUUCCUGAAUACUUACCCAACAACAAACCACAAGCAUUUCACCGAGCCCAAAUACUGCAUACAAACUUGCAAAGAGAUCAUGUUAAGAAAGAACAGUUUGUGACAUUCAUGCGUAAAGUACUGGACAGUGGAGCAGCAGAAGUGGCUCCUUCGUCUUCAAAUGCAGUUUGUAUCUCACUCAACAGCCUUCUUAUGUCUGGUCCAGACAUGGUUAACAGCCUAUUAGGAAUCCUACUUCGCUUCAGGAAGGAUGAAAUGGCAAUUACUGCGGACAUUGAACAAAUGUUCUACCGUUUUCGGGUGGAUGAGGACCAUCGGGACUUCCUACGUUUUUAUUGGUAUAGAGAGAAUGAUCCUGACGACAUCCUUGUUGAAUACAGAAUGCGUGUACACGUAUUUGGCAAUAGUCCAUCACCUGCCAUAGCAACUUACGGAAUCCGCAAGACAGUAGAGAAUGCUGAUGAAGAUGUGAAGGACUUUGUGAAUCGUAACUUUUAUGUUGACGACGGACUCAUUUCCUUGCCUGAUGAAGCCAGCGCUAUCGACCUCAUGAAACGCACCCAGUCCGUCAUGAAGUCAGAAGGUAGAUUAAGACUACACAAAGUUACCUCUAAUAAACUGGCAGUGAUGGAAGCAUUUGAUCCAAGUGACCAUGGUGAACAACUCAAGGAGUUUGACGACGACGAUUUGGUCCAUAGAAGCCUUGGUCUCUGUUGGAACCUAAAAGAUGACACAUUUAGAUUUACAGUGCCAGUGAAGGAAAAGCCAUUCACUCGACGUGGUCUAUUGUCAACGGUGAAUAGUUUAUUUGACCCCAUAGGAUUUAUAACACCCAUUACUAUAAGUGGAAAGAUCCUCCUUCGAGAAGCAACACCCCCUGGUAUAGACUGGGAUGAACCCUUACCCUCCAGUUACCUUCAGAAGUGGACAGAGUGGCAGUCUUCACUUCAGAGCUUAAAAGAAGUCGCCAUACCACGGAUGUUAUCGCACAUGUCUGUGAGCCUAGCCAAGACUGCUGAAGUUCAAAUAUUUUGCGACGUAUCUGAAAAAGCUAUUGGAGCAUCAGCAUAUAUCAAAGUGGAAGAUGACCAAGGCCGCAACAGCGUUAGGUUCUUGAUGGGCAAGGGCAAGCUAGCCCCACCUAGAGGUCACACUAUUCCACGCUUAGAGCUCUGUGGAGCUGUUCUGGCAACAGAACUUGCAGAAAUAAUAUCCAUACAGCUAGACAUCCCAUUGGACUCUAUGCAUUAUUACACAGACAGCAAAGUUGUGCUAGGAUAUAUCAGCAAUCGUACUCGUCGUUUUUAUACGUAUGUGAGUAAUAAAGUGGACCGCAUUCUGAAAAUCUCCACUGCUGAUCAAUGGAAGUAUGUUCCUACAGACAAGAAUCCUGCCGAUUCCUGCACCAGAUGUAUCACUUCAGGCAUUGAUAUCAUGCAGCUUCCUUGGAUAAUUGGCCCACAGUGGUUAAGCAAUACAAGUACAUCAGAAUGCACUGGUACCUCGGAGUAUUUUCCACUCAAUGAACCUGAUUAUGAUGCGGAAGUUAGGCCACUGAUGACAAAGAUCACCACCAACUAUCUUCCCACGGUGCCUGCUUGUCUCGGAACAAAGCGCUUUGAGCGUUUUUCUAGCUGGAGGUCUCUGGUUUCCGCAAUCGCAUCUCUUCAACGCAUAGCUCGGAAUCGACGUGAUGGAUAUCAUGACACCAAAACCAUUAGCCAGUGUGAUGUCCUCAGAAAAGCUGAGAUUCUUAUUCUGAAGGAAACUCAGCAAGAACACUUUACUACAGACAUUAAAUGCCUUGCCAAUGAUAAACCUCUGGCAAAGAACAGCAGUAUUGCGACACUUUCACCCUAUCUUGAUGAGAAUGGGCUACUUCGUGUUGGAGGCAGGAUCAAUCGAGCAGCCGGACAAAUACCUGCAAGAGAAGUCAACCCUAUCAUCCUACCUAAAGCUAGCCACAUUUCCACCUUGCUUAUUCGUCACUUUCAUGAACACACCAAGCAUCAAGGAAGACUUAUUACGGAAGGAGCUCUGCGCACAGGAGGAUAUUGGCUCAUUGGCGCCAAACGAUUGAUUUCUUCUCUCAUACACAAGUGCGUGACUUGUCGUAAACUAAGACGCAGUUUAGAAACUCAGAAAAUGGCUGAUGUUCCUACAGACAGGAUAACCCCAGGACCCCCCUUUUACAUCAGUCGGCAUUGA